AGGGGCAGUACAAAAAGGCAAUUAGCAGUCUACAUCAUUUAGCAGCUCUUCAGGGCUCUCAUUCUCCGCAGCAAAUUACAGGACAAGGAUCCCUGGAAAACCAGAGAGCACUAAUCCAGUUAGCGACAUGCCACUUUGCCCUUGGAGAAUAUCAGAAAACAUGUGAAAAAGUGCUUGACCUCAUGUGCUGUAUUUUACUGCCAAUACAAGAAGGAGGUAAAGUGCAAGAAGAGCAACCUAAAGUCAAGUCUAAAUUCAGGAAAGGAUCCGAUUUGAAGCUUUGGCCGUGUACCAGCAGAGCUGUCAUGCCGUACUGCCUUCAUCUACUGUUAGCUUGUUUCAAGCUCAGAGCUUUCACAGACAGCAGAGAUGACAUGGCGCUGGGCCACGUAGUGGUUCUGCUUCAGCACGAGUGGCCGAGGGGGGAGAACUUGUUCCUGAAAGCUAUCAACAAAAUCUGCCAACAAGGGAACUUCCAGUAUGAGAAUUUUUUCAACUACGUCACGAAUAUUGAUAUGUUGGAGGAAUUUGCUUAUUUAAGAACGCAGGAAGGAGGGAAAAUUCACCUGGAACUGCUGCCAAAUCAAGCAAUGUUGAUCAAGCACCAUACCGUCACCCGGGGUAUAACGAAAGGAGUGAAAGAAGAUUUCCGCCUGGCCAUGGAGCGCCAGGUCUCGCGCUGCGGGGAGAACCUCAUGGUGGUCUUGCAUAGGUUCUGCAUUAAUGAGAAAAUACUGCUGCUUCAGACUCUCGCGUGAAGGGACUGGAUCUCUGACGGAGAGAGGGGAAGG